AUGUCUCUCCGGGGCGCUGGUGAAUCGAGGCCCGUGGGCUUCCAGUCCGCAGCCGCCUCUGCCGGAGGAGCAAGCUUUGGGGGCAGCUUGCUUGCCACGAGUGGAUUUGCCUGCGGCGUGGGCGCAGGCUUGGGCAGUGCGGCUGGGGGCAGCCAUGGAAGCGGUGUCCCGGGAAAUGCCAUCUGCGCUGGCCUUGCUGCAAGCGAGGGCGGCCUCCUCUCCGGCAACGAGAAGGUGACCAUGCAAAACCUCAACCACCGCCUGGCCUCCUACCUGGACAGCGUGAAGGCUCUGGAGGAGGCCAACGCGGAGCUGGAGAGGAAGAUCAAGGAUUGGUAUGAGAAAUAUGGGCCUGGCUCCUGCCGUGGGCUGGAUCAUGACUACAGCCUCUAUCACCUCACAAUCGAGGAUCUGAAAAGCAAGAUUAUCGCUUCCACCGCCACAAAUGCAAAUGUAAUUCUGCAAAUUGAUAAUGCUAGACUGGCAGCAGAUGACUUCCGACUAAAGUAUGAAAAUGAGCUCUCCCUGCACCAGAAUGUAGAGAUGGACAUCAAUGGCUUGCGACGCGUCCUGGAUGAGCUGACCCUCUGCAAGACAGACCAGGAGCUGCAGUAUGAGUCCCUGAGUGAGGAGAUGACCUUCCUCAAGAAGAACCAUGAGGAAGAGAUGAAGGCGCUGCAGUGCGCGGCGGGCGGCAACGUGAACGUGGAGAUGAACGCGGCGCCCGGCGUGGACCUCACCGUCCUGCUGAACAACAUGCGGGCCGAGUACGAGGCGCUGGCCGAGCAGAACCGCAGGGAGGCCGAGGCCUGGUUCCGGGAGAAGAGCGCCACGCUGCAGCAGCAGAUCUCCGACGACGCGGGUGCCGCCAGCUCCGCCAGGGCGCAGCUGACCGAGAUGAAGCGCACGCGGCAGACGCUGGAGAUCGAGCUGCAGUCCCUCCUGGCGACGAAACAAUCCCUGGAGUGCUCCCUGACAGAGACGGAGGGCAACUACUGCACGCAGCUGGCCCAGAUCCAGGCUCAGAUCGGAGCCCUGGAGGAGCAGCUGCACCAGGUCAGGACCGAGACCGAGGGCCAGAAGCUGGAGCACGAGCAACUGCUGGACAUCAAGGCCCACCUGGAGAAGGAGAUCAAGACCUACUGCCGCCUGAUAGAUGGAGAUGGAAAUUCAUGCUCCAAAUCAAAAGGCUUUGGAUCAGAUAGCUCAGGGAAUCCACCUAAAGAUUUGCCCAAAACCACACUAGUAAAGACUGUGGUGGAAGAGAUUGAUCAACGUGGUAAAGUUCUUUCAUCAAGGAUCCACUCUAUUGAAGAAAAGGCAUCUAAAAUGAUGAAUGGCAAGGCAGAAAAGAGGACACCCUUCUAG